UGUUCCGCUGUUCCCUCUGUAGCACGGAACAGAGGAUUAAAAAUAAUUAGCGGAAUCACAAACGGUUUCCAAGAGAAUCGAAUUUUGAUGGAUAUGGGGAUUGAUGACUCUAUUAACAGCAAGACUGAAGUAGAUGAGGUUAGUAGCGUAGCUAUUGAAACCAGAGUAGGUGGAAAUUCUGUUGAACCAGCUCACAAGCAAGAUCAAGAUGAUAAUGUGACUCAAGAUUCUUCUGAAGGGGUUACAAUCCCAUCUGCAAUUCCCACAGUAACAGUUGUUUCAGCUGACGAGCCCUAUGUGGGUCAGGAGUUCGAGUCGGAAGCAGCAGCACAUGCAUUUUAUAAUGCAUAUGCCACAAAUGUUGGAUUCAUCAUACGUGUGAGUAAACUCUCAAGAUCAAGGCGUGAUGGAUCUGCUAUUGGACGAGCUCUUGUUUGCAACAAAGAAGGUUUCAAAAUGCCUGACAAACGUGAAAAGAUUGUAAGGCAAAGGGCUGAGACCAGGGUUGGUUGCAGAGCAAUGAUUUUGGUGAGAAAAGUUAGUUCUGGUAAAUGGGCUGUUACCAAGUUUGUAAAGGAACACACACAUCCUUUGACUCCUGGUAAAGGGAGAGAAGGGAUUGCGAACAAUAUCCGAGUGAACGUGAUAAAAUUCAGGAACUAUCUCAGCAGUUGGCAAUUGAGAAAAAACGUUCAGCUACCUAUAAAAGACACCUUGAAUUGAUAUUUGAGCGCAUUGAGGAGCAUAAUGAGAGCCUUUCAAAGAAAAUACAGUACAUUGUAGAUAGUGUGAAGGAUAUGGAAACCAAAGAACAACAUAGUCAUUGAUAAGUUCAACUUUGAAUUAUCCAAUCUUAACAAUUUUUCACUGGAUGAAAAACGGAAUCCACUCUCAGUGUCCAAAGAUGCUGCAGGGUGAAGCAUGCAAGAAUAUCUGGUAGCUUCUAACUAGGAUGUUUGCUUUGUUUAUGAUUUAUGUGUGUGGUAGAUUUGAAAGCGCAGUUUGAUACAAUGGAAUUCAUUGUAUUGCUUCUUAUUCUGUGAUACUUUUAGUUGGCAGAAGCAACUAGUUCGAUCAUGUAUAGGUCCUUUGAAAACUUUAACGCUACUAAUUGUAACUUUUAUACGUGUUUACAUGUCUUUCGAU